CUAGAAGGUGAGGAUCUGGGUCUGGUAGAAGGUGAGGAUCUGGGUCUGCUAGAAGGUGAGAAUCUGGGUCAGCUAGAAGGUGAGAAUCUGGGUCAGCUAGAAGAUGAGGAUUUGGGUCCGCUACAAGGUGAGGAUCUGGGUCAUCUAGAAGGUGAGGCUCUGGGUCUGUUAGAAGGUGAGAAUCUGGGUCAGCUAGAAGAAUUGGAUCCGCUAGAAGGUGAGGAUUUGGGUCCGCUACAAGGUGAGGAUCUGAGUCAGCUAGAAGGUGAGGAUCUGGGUCAUCUAGAAGGCGAGUAUCUGGGUCUGUUAGAAGGUGAGAAUCUGGGUCUGCUAGAAGAAUUGGAUCUGCUAGAAGGUGAGGAUCUGGAUCUGCUAGAAGGUGAGAAUCUGGAUCCGCUAGAAGGUGAGGAUUUGGGUCUGCUACAAGGUGAGGAUCUGAGUCAGCUAGAAGGUGAGGAUCGGGGUCAUCUAGAAGGCGAGUAUCUGGGUCUGCUAGAAGGUGAGGAUCUGGGUCUGUUAGAAGGUGAGGAUCUAGGUCAGCUAGAAGGUGAGGAUCUAGGUCAGCUAGAAGGUGAGGAUCUGGGUCAGCUAGAAGGCGAGGAUCUGGGUCAGCUAGAAGGUGAGGAUCUAGGUCAGCUAGAAGAUGAGAAUCUGGGUCUGCUAGAAGGUGAGGAUCUAGGUCAGCUAGAAGGUGAGGAUCUAGGUCAGCUAGAAGGCGAGGAUCUGGGUCAGCUAGAAGGUGAGGAUCUAGGUCAGCUAGAAGAUGAGAAUCUGGGUCUGCUAGAAGGUGAGGAUCUAGGUCAGCUAGAAGGUGAGGAUCUAGGUCAGCUAGAAGGUAAGGAUCUGGGUCAGCUAGAAGGCGAGGAUCUGGGUCAGCUAGAAGGUAAGGAUCUGGGUCAGCUAGAAGGUGAGGAUCUGGGUCAGCUAAAAGGCGAGGAUCUGAUUGUGCUAGAAGGCGCGGAUCUGGGUCUGAAGGUGUCUUCCUAUGAUGAGGAUCCUCCACCAUGGCUGUUCUCCAAAAACAACAUGCCACAAUUCCUACAGGGACAUUGGACUUCAUCAGGAUCUGGAAUGGCGAUAGAGAGCAACCAAAUCCGUACUUCCUACUUAGAAACCCAAUGA